AUGGCCGCAGCCGAGAUGGCCUUACCCUCCAUCAGCACACUCUCCGCCCUGGGCCCCUUCCCGGACACACAGGAGGACUUCCUCAAGUGGUGGCGCUCCGACGAGGAGCAGGACCUGGGCCCGGGGCCCCCUGGCCCCACAGGGCUGCCCCUCAACGUGAAGCCGGGGUCUGAAGACGUGCCCAAGGAGGACGAGGACGACCAGAGGGACGAGGCUGUCGCCUGGGACCUGGAUCUCCUCCUCACCAACUUCCCUGGCCCGGAGCCAAGCGGCGAGGCCAGGACCAGCGUUCUGGCUCCAGGCGAUGGCCCGGGGGAGCAAUACUCGCUGCCGCCUGAGACUCUGGGCGCGUACGCCAGCAGCCAGGGGCUCGUGACUGGGCUCUUGGGUCCAGAGGAGCACCCGGGCUGGGCGCGCCCGGCCCCCCGACCCCAGGCCCCCGACGCCUUCGUGGGCCCAACCCUGGCCCCGACUCCCGAACCCAAGGCGCUGCCGCUGCAGUCGGUGUACCCCGGGCCGGGCGCAGGCUCCUCGGGCAGCUACUUCCCGCGGACAGGAUUUUCAGUGCCCGCGGCGCCAAGCGCCCCCUACGGGCUGCUCUCUGGGUACCCCACGCUGUACCCGGUGCCGCAGUAUCAAGGGCAUUUCCAGCUCUACCGCGGGCUCACGGCGCCCGCGCCGGGCCCCGCCGCGCCCCCCCACUUCCUCAGUUGUCUGGGACCUGGGACGGCUGGCGCGGGGCUAGGGGGCACCGCAGCCGACACAGGAGGAAUCGGAGAGACCGCGCCAUGCAAGCGCAGCCGGCGCUCGUGGGCGCGCAAGAGACAGGCGGCGCACACGUGCGCGCACCCAGGCUGCGGCAAGAGCUACACCAAGAGCUCCCACCUGAAGGCGCAUCUUCGCACGCACACGGGAGAGAAGCCAUACGCCUGCACGUGGGACGGCUGCGGCUGGAGGUUCGCGCGCUCUGACGAGCUGACCCGCCACUACCGGAAGCACACGGGACAGCGCCCUUUCCGCUGCCAGCUCUGCCCCCGAGCAUUUUCGCGCUCCGACCACCUUGCACUGCACAUGAAGCGCCACCUUUGAGCCCCUCCCGGCACCUGGACCCGCCCGGGGCCUGGGGCUGGAACAAGAGCAAGUGGAUCCACGCGGGGUGGUUUUCCUCCGGACGGACCCGUGCCUGGACU